GACUUCCAAGGAUACAGACAAGAAGUGAGCCUUGCAAACUAUAAAUAUAAGCAGAUUCACUCUUCUCACUAUGUUGUUUGUUUUGUUUUGUUUUGUUUUGUUUUUUUGUGAAAUGGCUAUUUUUCACAAAAAUAUUAUUUCUGUUAACAUAGUUUAUUAAUACUAUUCUAAAUGAAUUAAAAACUUUGUCAAACUGUUUUAUUCCUUGUAUGGUAAAUAUUGAUAGCUAUAACGCACACAAACAAAAUCAUUUUUGGGAUUCUCCCUAAUUUGUAAGACUCUAUAGAUACUCUGACACCGAAAUGUUUUGACAGUCGCUGAAUAAAACAGCAUGUGGACCAGGACUCUGGGAGACAGCGGGAGAGUCCUCCGUGCACCGGGAGGGCACAGCGCAAAGUCUCGGGUCCCUAGACCUGGCUGCCAGGGUCUCAUCCCAAGGACUGAGCCUGGACGCUCAAUGCUCCGGGGUCAUCUCCCCAGGGAUUUCCCUUCUUCCUCUGGUGGCUUCUUCUGCCUGGAUACUCAUAACGCUAGAGUAGUUCUCACUUCAAUUGGGUGGUGGGCUCUACAGAGGCCAAUCAGCAUCAACGUGGUUCCGGAUAUACUGACCACACCGAGAAGUAAAACUCAUUCUCUCCAAACUAUCAGGGUCCGGGUGUUGGGCCCCCGAGCUCUGCUACUGCUGCUCUCGGGGACCCUGGCGCUGACCGAGACCUGGGCGGGUCCCCACACGAUGAGUAUUCUCAGCAUCGCCGUGUACGGAUCAGGCCGCGGGAAGUCCCGGUUCAUCGGAGUCAGCCAGGUGGACGACACGGAGAUCCUGCGGUUCGACAGCGACGCCCGGAACCCCAGGCUGGAGCCGCGGGUGCUGUGGAUGGAGCAGCGGUGGAUGGAGAAGGAGAUGCCAGAUUAUUGGAACCAGGAGACAGGGGUUUGCCAGCGCGAGGCACAGAUUAACGAAGGGAACCUGAACAAGCUGCGCGCCCACUACAACCAGAGCGAGGACGUGUCCCACACUUGGCAGGAAAUGAGCCGCUGCUUCGUGGGAUCUGAUGGACGCUUCCUCCGGGGGUUCAGUCGGUUCGCCUACCACGGCACCGCCUACUUCGCCCUGAACGAGGACCUGCGCUCCUGGACCGUGGUCAACACGGCGGCCCCGAAAACCUGGCGCAAGUUGGUGGAUCUCCCUGAUGCGGAAGAGAAGAGGUUAUUUCUGGAGAGACUCUGCGUGCACUGGCUUAACCAGCUCCUGGAGAAGGGGAAGGAGUCGCUGCUCAGAGCAGACCCUCCAAAGACACACCUGACCCACCACCUCAUCUCUGACCACAAGGUCACCCUGAGGUGCUGGGCCCUGGGCUUCUACCCUGCGGAUAUCACCCUGACCUGGCAGCGUGAAGGGGAGGACGUGACCCAGGACAUGGAGCUGGUGGAGACCAGGCCUGCAGGGGAUGGGACCAUCCAGAAGUGUGCAGCUGUGGUUGUGCCCCCUGGAGAGGAGCAGAGAUACAUGUCCCAUAUGCAGCAUGAGGGACUGCCUGAGCCCCUGACCCUGAGAUGGGACCCCCCUCCUCAGACCUCCAUCACCCUCAUGGGCAUCCCUGCUGCCCUGGGUCUCCUUGGAGGUGCUGCUGCUGCAGCUGUGGCCGCUGGAGCUGUGCUGUGGAGGAGGAAGGGCUCAGGCAAAGGCAGGGAGAGGUGCACUCAGGCUGCCUUCAGCGACAGUGCCAAGGGCUCUGAAGUGUCUCUCACAGCUCCUAAGGACAUAGGUGUGGACGCGAUGAUGACAUUAAAGCCGUGAGCGUGGAUGAGGCCUCCAAGGGAGCCAGGACUGUGGAAGACGAAAGAACAAGGACUGGACACUGCACCUCCCUGUCCCAACAGUGGGGACGUUCAUCCUGGUGACCCACCCAGGUUGGUGACAGUCAGGUGUCCCUGUCAUACAGUCACCAUUUGGUGUGUGUCAUUCAUCAGUAAUUUACAGGGAGAUAUUCUGAGAUUGUCCUGCUGUGCUCUUCACCACUUCUACACUCACCCUCCUUAGCCCCUCUCAUACCUUCCACCCAAGUCAGCGAAAAUAUUAUGUUUGUCCUGUACUAGCCCUGAGUAGUUUUCACUCAGAUGUACAGUAUAGGGAA